AUGCCUAUGAAAAAGAUGGAAUUGACCGUGAGGAAGCUAAAGUUUAAAGAUUGGAUAAUUAUUCCAUUUAUAGGAAAAUCAGGGGGUCAAAUUAUUGCUUGGUUUGAUAAUUUAGAUGUCCAGUUAAUUGAAAUUCAGCAAAACAUAAUCACUGUAACUUGUAAGGUCAGGGGCAUAUUGUGUUACACCUCUUGUCUCUAUGGAGCAUUAAAUUCUCAACAAAAAUAUGAUCAAUGGGAAUAUAUACAGAGUUUAGGGGAUCUAAUUGUUCAUCCUUGGAUGAUAGUAGGUGACCUGAAUUUUGUACACAAUAGUGAAAAAGAAGGUGGAAAUGAUAUGAAAUCUAGUGCUAUUAUUGUCAUACAGAAUGUCAUUCAACAAAUAGGAUUUAUAGAUUUAAAGUUUACGAGUGAUCCGUUUACUUGGUCUAGUCAGAGGGAAGGGGAAGAUAACACUAGAGAAAGGAUUGAUAGAAGUCUGGACGGGAAUAAAAAUGUGUUCAAAAACAUUUUCAAAAAUAAGGAAAUGGUUUUGAAGCGAAUUGAUAAAGAGAAUGCUAAACUUGGUCAUUUAAUCUCUAGGAAAAAAUUGAAAGUUUUUGAGGAGGAAUUGGAAACUUGGAGUAAGAUUGAAAACAUCUAUUGGCUGGAGAAUAGUAGAGAUAAAUUCUUCAAAGAGCAUGAUGGAUAUACAAAAUACUUCCAUGUUGUGGCAUCUAAUAGGAAAAGACACUAUAAUAUACAUUCGUUAAGAGACAUUACUGGUCUUUGGUUAGAAGAUAAGGAUCAAUUAGAUGCUCUUCUGAAAAAUCAUUUUCAGGGCAUUAGUUCUUCGGAAUGA